AUGUUGGAAAUUAGUUUUGCAAGAAGUAGUGAACCUGGUGAGCUUGUAUUGGUGUCUCAAUUAACACGUACACAAUCUAGAAAUAUAGAAGAUUGUAUUGAUAAGUUGUAUGAUCUUAUAACAAGGGCUGCUGAAAUACCGAAAGGACAGACAAAGAAAAACUAA